AGUUUCCCUCCCAACCAGUAAGCGGCAGCAACGCAUUCAAAAGGUUUGGUUUGGGAACGGCGAGAGAGUGAGGACUGAGUGAGAGAAAGAAGUGGGGACUCGGAAGACCGGUAGCGGCGAUGGAUCUGAUGCAAGCGGGAUCCUCCCUCGACGCCCUCGUCUCCUCCUUCCACACCCGCAUCGUCGAACUGCAGGAGCUCGUCAUCGCCCGCAACAUGUAUCCCUCCACCAGCAUGCCCGAUCUGUCGGCGGUCGACGUGACCCUGAAGACGAUGGAGUCGCAGAUCCAGGCGAUCAAGGACCGACUACAAGAGGAGAGAAACGCUAUCCCUAAGGCCAAGAAACUCAUCGAUCUGUCCCAGCGGCAGCAAAGAAAGCUGCAGCACAUGCUCGCCCAUAUGCCGCCUUCGAUGCUUAAGAACCAAAGCCGAUCGGUUCAAAACCCCUCUUCGAGCUUGGUGCCUGAUGAUUCGGGUCCCGAUAUAUUGCACGAGCCUUGUCAUCUCAAGGAGGAGCCUGUUGCUAUGCUCAAGGGGAAGAAGGGUCCAUCUCCUGCACCGCGGUGGUAUAUUUCUGCCGAGGAAUUGGAUUCACUGUCUUCUUAUAUGAGGGGAAGGCUUACUUUGGACAAGGUCAAUAUUGCUAUCAAUGAGAUAGCUAUGUAUGCAGAAGCAAAUUCUCAUCUCGUCUCAUGCCCAAAGAAGAAGCUAGCUGAAGACACCUGGGAAAAAGCUCUUGAACUAAGAGACAUAGCAACAACUGAAGCAGUGAAAGGCAAGCACUUUUUCCUGGAAACAGACAUAAAAGGACCAGGACUGAAACUUGACAAUACGGGAAAAGCAAUUUUGACAGUCCUUCGCCAUCUCGGCCGUAUUCUUGAAGCUCGCAUCGGUCAUCACCGUGUGUUUAUCCUCUCAAAACCUCAUUGAUGCCUUUAUCAUUCAUGGAUAAACUUCCACAACUGCCUUCUUUAUGUCCUUCACAAAGUUGCUGGCAUUCAGAAUUCACGUGGGUCGUCAGUGCAUGUCAAUUCCUCGCUAUACCUCAGUGAUGGUUUCCUAUCUCAACUUGCAUUCAGAAAAAAUGAGUGAUCAAGCCAUUGAUCUCAUUGUUUUUCUAGUAGCUGAUUUCCCAGCAUGUUUAAGAUUGGCUAUGAUUUGCCUAAAGAUGUGAAUGGAGUGUCUAAUCUAUUUUCUAGAAUGAAUGGUCUUGAGAAUAUGGCUCCUAAUACAGCAA